AGUUCCCGUCUGUUGUGCAUGGAUGCUGAUGUCUAUAACGGAGGGUCAAAUAUACACUGGGCGUUUUUUUAUCCGCACAGAAUUCGUUGUGAUUUUGGAACAGCGGUUGGACUCCGGACUGGGGGGAGCUGUUCGCUUCGGUGAGUGGCAGUGGGGGCACCUGAGGACGGAAUAAAGGAAGACCACCGAUAGGGACUACGCGGAGAGCGCAGAGUGGGUUUGCAGCAGGGGCCGGAGCGGAGAGAGAGCGCCGUGGCUCGGUGGCCAGCGCUAUCAGCACCAGCGGACUCGGCAAAGGCACUCAGUUGGAGAAGCCCUGUCAACAGUCUGCAGCUAGUACCCACUCUCAAAUCGAGCCUGCUGUUGGAAUAGGCCAACCUAUUAAGUAAGGUAACGUCGGCGGAUGUCGACGGAUAAGACGGAACAACCUGCCUUCUUGAAGAAGACUGCUCAGUGGAUAAAAAGAUAAGAUAGGAGUCUCUCCACUUUCCUUGACGCGGAUCGGACCCACAUUUAAAUUACGAACGGUUCUGAGCUCACACCUUAGAUCAAUACGGCUUAAUCGGCGAGGAGGGGGGACUCUAGGAAUCACCAGCCGGCGUUGAGGCCUCAAGACAUGGGCAACACGCCCGCCUCCAGGCGGGGAAGUGAUAUGGAAAGCGUGAAGGAGUUCCUUGCCACAGCCAAAGAAGAUUUCCUGAGGAAAUGGGAGAACCCUGCACAGAACACGGCCUCUCUGGAACAAUUUGAGCGGUUGAAAACACUGGGCACGGGUUCGUUUGGCCGAGUGAUGCUGGUGAGGCACAGAGAGAGCGGCCAGCACUUCGCCAUGAAGAUCCUGGACAAACAGAAGGUGGUGAAGUUAAAACAGAUUGAACACACUCUAAAUGAGAAGCGCAUUCUUCAGGCUGUCUGCUUCCCUUUCCUAGUGCGACUGGAGUAUUCCUUCAAGGAUAACACAAACCUCUACAUGGUGAUGGAGUACGUUCCAGGAGGGGAGAUGUUCUCACAUUUAAGAAAAAUCGGCAGAUUCAGGUGUCGGCUCCUGUCCUGCCCGCGUGUCUGUGAGCCCCACGCUCGCUUCUAUGGAGCCCAGAUCGUCCUGACGUUUGAGUAUCUUCAUGCUUUAGACCUCAUCUACAGAGACCUGAAGCCUGAGAACCUACUCAUCGACCAGCAAGGCUACAUUCAGGUAACAGAUUUUGGCUUCGCGAAGAGGGUCAAAGGUCGGACAUGGACGCUCUGUGGCACCCCAGAGUACCUGGCUCCAGAAAUCAUCCUCAGUAAGGGUUAUAAUAAAGCAGUGGACUGGUGGGCUCUUGGUGUCCUCAUCUAUGAGAUGGCCGCCGGCUACCCGCCCUUCUUCGCUGACCAGCCCAUUCAGAUCUACGAGAAGAUUGUCUCUGGGAAGGUCCGCUUCCCCUCCCACUUCAGUUCGGACCUGAAGGACCUUCUCCGGAACCUUCUGCAGGUGGACCUGACCAAACGCUAUGGCAACCUCAAGAACGGUGUCAACGACAUCAAAGGCCACAAGUGGUUUGCCACCACUGACUGGAUCGCCAUCUACCAGAAGAGGGUGGAGGCUCCAUUUGUUCCCAAAUGCAAAGGCCCCGGUGACACCAGCAACUUUGACGACUACGAUGAGGAGGAGAUCCGGGUCUCCAUCAACGAGAAGUGUUCCAAGGAGUUUGCAGAGUUCUGAGGGGGGGGGGGGGGUGACCCUCAUUACUGUCCCCCGUCUGAGUCAGAACCACAAGUGGUCCGACAGAACCAACAGCAAGCCUCAUUAAUCUCCUGAAAAAAGAAGACAGCAGUGUUGCCUUUUUUUAUAUAUUUUUUUUCUUUCUUUUCAGUUUUUCUUCUGUGUCUUAAACCACCAUAUUUAUUAUUUCUCGUGUUUACACCCUCUAUGUCUCAUGUGUGUUGUUAUAGACAAAGAGCAAGGUCAGUUCAGCCGAUAGGCUGUGAUGGAGGGAGAGGGUUUGGGACAUAUAAUACCCAUGUUUCUUCCCGCACAUAUAUCUACAGAAUCUAUAAUGAGGCCAACUGCAGUCUUAACCUAUGAGGAGCUGAAUCACUAUGUGACAACUAUAUGGAGAUCAACAUAUUUGUUGGAGAACUGCAGCUCUCCACGCUCGCAUAUCCGUUAUGAUUCACGUCUUCGUUUACCUAUGGUCGCCGGUCGCUGUUAUGCGAACUUGUCCAGUCAGACAGGUUGCCUUGUCUGACCAAAGCAAUACCGAGCCAAACGCGUUUUUUUCCUAUACUGUCGACAUUCUGUUUAAUGAUCGUCUGUGUGCAUUAUAGAGUUAUCCAUUUCUGCAGACAGUAACAUUUUCUAGUGGUUACCGAUUGUAAACUACAUUGCAGUAGGCCUACAUUCCUAUUUAGAUUACGUUCCUCCGUGCAUUAUUGUGUUUUCGACUAAAAUGAUUUUUUUUUUUUUUUCGUACUGAUGUAAAUGUGGUUUCUCAUUCGAUGCCUUGUUUGGUUUUACCAUGUCUUCUGUGCCAUAGUCUGUGUCAUGGUCAUCUAUGUAGAUCCUCCUUUUUUCCCUCGCGUGAUUGCAGCCACCUUUCGAGGGAUUCACUAGGUCAGAGUGUGAACUCUCCCUCAGUCAGUCGUUCACUAACGCUUACUUGUCCACUUCAAUAUCUCCACGGCUCAGACAAGCAGCGACUUGGUGGAGCCAAGGUCACAAAUCGAUAUCCUCUUUAAACGUUUACAGGGCGCACAGACAGAAAUGCCGUACCACCAAAAUGUGUUUUCACGCUACUGGAAUGACUAGGCCUACUAACAACGUUUUAUUGUUCUUAUUGUGGUUUGAUUGGACCUGUGCAUAGAUUACCAUGUACAGAGUUUACCAUAGAUGGGCGAAAACACUAAAGGAUCAGGCUUGAAGGGACGAUGGUGUUCUGCAUCGGACUACUCUGCAGAAAUCCGUCCUAUAAAAAAUAACGUACUAACAUAAGCAGAGGGCUUUGGUCCUUAGAGGCUGUUCAGCCUAUCUGAAAGCGAGAUUUAAAAAAUGGACUGGAGGCUUGCCAUCUCUGUCCGUCACGGUUGAUGAGGAGGACCGUCCAUUUGUGCGGCAUAGUUCGAUCUUAUCUCACGCUCAAACAACGCCUUUCCAUGUCCUCCCCCCGCGCGCUCGCGUGUUCGUGUGCGUGUGUGAGCGUUUGUGUGUGUGCAUGUGUGUGUAUGUGUGUGUGUGAGCGAGCAGCCUGGCCACGAAGACGCCGCGCGCUUUUUAUCGUCCGUUGCAUAACUUCUGACAACAGGGUGCUGCUGGACUGUCGUUGCCCCUCCCCCGCCUCCCAAACCUCAACUCCGCCAGCGCGACAAACGCAUGUCUUUAAUCUGAUUGAGCGAAAGACAGGCCCGCUAACAACCCCCACAGCGCGCCCCCGAUUCAGUACUGUCCUGCGUCACAUCAUCGCGGUGAUCACAACGCGCGCUUGGUCAACAACAAUGUGACAGUGGUGAAGCUGGUAAACACACCUUUGAUCGGGGUGUGUGUGUGUGUGUAUGUGUGUGUGUGAGGCUACCACCGGAAAAACUGGGCAAACAAUCCGUCAAUGAUUAGUCCACGAUUUCUUUGUUUUUGUGUUUUAUUCCACGUGGUCGCGUUUCACUUGAGUGAAGUGCACACGCACUAGGAUUACCACGUGCUUUGAAUAUGAGAAAAGUUUGAGCUUAUUCUUUGUUUAAGUUGGUAUGGUCAGUUUUCAUGAUGCUAAUUCUUCCCCAAAACGGGUAAAACGUUGGCUUGCAGCUGUCGCACUUUUGGGGCGGGACACUACUGGCCCCAUCGAGUCUUUUAUUUGAACGCUCUCUUUGGGUUGCGUCCGAAGACACAAUGUGUGUGUGUGUGUGUGUGUGCUGUGUGUUUGUGUGAGAGAGAGAGAGGGAGAGAAAGAGUAUGUAUGUGUGUGUUUAAAACAGAGAAUACAUGUGUAGUAUUUUACAAACAAGUAUCAUUCCAAUAAAGUUUUACUUGUUGAAAUAUGACGUUAUCUGUUCCGAGUUUAAUUUUUUAAUAACAAAGUGUCUCACUGGCCUCAGUCGAUUUGAUAAGACUUUUAUAAAACAGCAUGGGCCUACUCAUGUGAGCCCAGAAGGCAUCACCGAUGGUAAUUCAAAUGUAACCGAACAGAAACAAAUAUGCUUCAUGCAGAAAAUAAACGAUGACAUUUCAUUAUUUAUUUGACAU